AUGGAUUUAAUCACUAUCAACAAAUCUAUCAUUUGCAUUUUAGGAGAGUAUAAAGAAAAAUUAAAAUAUGAUUUAUCUAAUAAUGAAGGGGAUAUGCAUUAGUAAAAAUUAAAACUUAAUUAGAUUCAAUAUUAUGCUCCACUUAGAUUAUAAAAAGAAAUUUCAUCUCGGUGGAGGAAUAUUUAAAUUGUCAUGGCUUCAUAAAUUAAAAACUGUAUUUUUAUUCUUUUAUAUUUUAGUUUCCCUCCGUUGUAAUUUGGAUAUAUGACAUCUCUGAAUGUAUACAUUUGAAUUAUUAUAGCUGAGAAAUUGGACAAAUUAUUAGAAAAUUACAACAUCUUAAAAUAAAACAUUUCUUAAACCAAAACUUCCUAACCAAAAAUAAUUAUUAUAAUAACAGGUAAAAAUGUAGGAGGACUCGAUUUCAAUUAUUUAAAGAAGGAAAUUGAUUUAAGAAAAGUUUUUGCCUUUGAAUUUGAUAAUAUUGUACAAUAAUUGAGAAGGUAUUUUAAAUCUAAUAAUUUUAAUUUAGAAUUAAAAAAAUGUUUGUAGAUGAUUCGAACACUUUCUAUUCAGAAUUAUUUAAUAAAUAUAAAUCUGAAACUAGUAAAUUAUAAAAGAGUGAUUUAAGCGAUUAAAAGCUCAUUUUUGAAAUUAAAAAAACACUAAUUAGUGAAAUUGAAAACAACUAAAAAAAGACACAGAAACAUUUGUAAACAUCUUAUGAAAUUGUUACUCAAUUAGCAGCUAAAAGGAAAGAAAUUUUAAAUUUUACUGAUGAUAAUUCUUUUUAUACUUCUUAUGAAUUAAUUUAAUAAGCAGAAGAAUAUAGAGAAGUACUAUCAUGUUUCAAAAUAAUAGAUUGCAGAUUAAUUAAGAUUUAAAUUAUUUAGAAAUUUAGAACAUCAAGAUGUAAUUUAAGAAUUUGAAAUUCAUUUAAAAACUUUUAAAAAUUUGAUAUUCUACAAAUUAUUUGAAAUACAAGAAUAUUUAUGGAGAGUUAAAAUUUUUGUGGCUAUCAUAAAAUUUAUAGAAUCCAAAAUAAUGAUCACUAAUUAUACUGUUAUUUAUAACUAUUUUUAAGUAUAACUUUAUCUAUUAUAAAAGACUACUUUAUUAAGCUACAUCAAACUUAAGCAAAUAAAGGAAAUGUACCAAGAUUUUUCAAUUUAAUAGUUUGAUUUUCUUAUAUCUAAAUAAGAGCCUGAAUUUUUAGGAAGACCAUAUUAUUAAAUUAAAAAAAAGAGAAUGAACAACCUAUAGAUCUAAAAUCGGAUGAAAAAUUAUUUUAUUAUUAACAUAUAAUCAAAUAUAGAAAAAAUGAAAUAAAUUUAGUUCCUAAUGUGUCAUUUAUUUGGAAAUAAUAUAUAGAGAAUAGUUAGAUUUAGAUUUAAAAUAAUUAUGCAAAUGUAUAUUUUAAAUAUUUACAAAUAAUUAUUACUCGACAAUUUGACUUAAAAUCCUAAAUCGUUGACUAAUUAAUUUAUUUGGUUUAAUCGAUGAAUAUAAAAAUAUAUUAUAGCUUGAAGCCUAAUCGGCAGAACUUAAAAAAUAAAUAUAAUUAUAGAGCGAAAUACUAAUUUAUGAAUAAGAUAUAAUUUAGGAAAUUAAGAGUUUGGCAGAACAAUUAGAUCAAAAAUUAAAUAUUUUAAUUCCUGCAAAUAAAUUUAUAACUAUUUCUAAAUUAGAAUCUGAUGAAUAAAACAUUAAUUUAAAAGUAGACUUGAAUAUUAAUCAUUAAAUUUUAGCUAUGUUUGAAACUAGUGUAAUUAUUAGUAAGAAUCACUAAAUAGAAUUUAUUGCUACAAAUCAUAUCACAAUUAAAACAAUUAAAACUAUAGAAAAACCAGUUCAAGUUUAACUUUAUGGAAAAUAUUUGUAAUUUAAUUUUUAAUAUAUAGGGAUAAACUUUAAAUAAAAAUAAUUGCAUAAGAUGUAGAGCUAUUUUCAAACAAAUUUAGAGUAGGAUUGCUAUCCAAAUAUAAAAGGGAUCCCCCUAUAAUAACAUUUAAAUAAGAUUUUGCAUAUAUAAAUGAAGUAAAUGAAAUUUAGGUAGAAUUAAGUUAUCAAACUGAUUUGUAAUUAUUAAAUUAUGAUUAAAAUAAGAAUAGUCUUCUCAAAUUUAAAGAAAAUAAUAAUAAUAUUAUAAAUAAUAGAUAAUUUACUUUAUUAAUAAAAGAUAGUAAUAUUCAUGCUAGAGUUGUUGGAUUCAAGAUUCAAGAUGAAGAAUACUUCAAGAAAAUAAAAUUUAUCUUUCCAUUUACUUACUAUAGAAAAAUUAAAUAAUUGGGUAGUGUUUUUUAAAAUGCAUAAAAUACUUUGAGUGAUUUUAGUAAAUGUGCAAUUUAAUUAGAAUUGUAAGAUAUUGAUUAUAUAUAAACAGAAUUUGAACCAUUUGUUGAUCUUGAAUUUUAUAAUAAAAAUAAGUUGAAUGUUAUUUUUAUGACUAGAGUUUAAACAAAUUAUACUAAUUUUGGUUAAUUUAGAAUCAAAUAUAAAAGAAAUUAGAUGAACUAUGAGGCUUUUAUUAAUUUAAACAAUGUUACCGUUGUAUCUUAUUUAUAAAAUGUGGAAAUAAUAUCUCCAUCUACAUGUAUUGCAUAGAAAACUUUUGAAAUUGUUGUAAAACUAAAGACAAGAGAACCAUAAAAUUAUUUUAUUUAGUUAAAAGAUUAAGAUAUUAUGGGCAAGAUCAAAUAAAUGAAAUAUCUUGAAGAUGAAGCUUGCUUUACAUAUUUAUUAUUUCCAAUUGAAUUAGGGAAAUUUAAUCU